CUUCCAUAUUGGUACCUGACAUGCUGCAGCGGAGGCAGCCAAGAGUAUCAAGAUGCUCGGCAACAGACUGACAGCGAUGCGUAAGAGACGUGAAUGUAUACGGCGAGACAGUACAUUGUCUUUCGUACUCUCAAGCGAUACACAGGUGAGACAAGGCGAACUAACUGCGGGGAAUGAGCGCCUUGCAUGUGAGCUUCGAGGGCGAGUCGUCAUGUGAGGCCGCAGUCAGCUCCAACUACGCUGUCUCUCUGGAAUGACCAUCUCAUCCAACUAACAGCCUAAGUACCUUGUUCCCUCCAUUCCGUGUCACUCUUGCGUGUCAACAUGUUUCAGUUCAGACUGCCGCAGCUCCCUAAUUGGAGUCUACCAACCGGUACUGCCAUCAAGCUUCCAAAGGCUGAAGUACAUGACAUUGAAGAGCGACCUGAAAAGAGAGCAAGAACGCUGAAACAUCUUCUCCGAGCAAACCACCAGAACCACAGCGUCAUUUACAACUCCCUCCGCUUCCAUAACCAUACACCCCAUAUCCUUGGCUCCGCUUACAUCUUCGGUGCGGACAGUGACCAGCUCAAUCACAUCUACGACGCAGAGAGCAAGCACCUCGAGUCAUGGCACGACAGUCCUGGCGAGAUAGCCAAGCAUGACUGGCGGGAGUAUCUCGGAAAGAGAGAGUACCAACGAGCAUUCGUAGAUUUCUUCGAAGAUCAACUGGUUCAGCAUGGUUACGAUUGGCAGUCGCUGCUUGACGACUUCUUACUACAGGGCAAAGAGCCGCUUAUCAACAAUCUCAUAUCCGGCUUAGGGCACCCUUUGAUUCAUCUUGGCUACGCACAGGAACUUUCCUCGCGAACAGUGGCGAUCGAGUCGCUGGCUUUGGCGGCAUGUUUCUACAAUGACUGGCACGUGUACAUGGACGAUCCGAAGUACACGAAGCCUGCAGCCAACCCGACAGAUUCGCUUUUCACCGUUCUUGAUCGUGUGGCGCACGAGACGAAGUUUGAUGGUCUAUUCGAUCAUCAGGGCAGCGACAACAUUACAACACUCCUUAGCAACGAGGAGACAGCUAAUGCCGCGCUCGAGUACUGGAACUCAUGGGAUCUGAAGCGACCUAAGGAACAAUUUGCCGAGUCACAAAAGCUCGCCGUCGCACUUCUCGUGGCCGCUCAGACGCCGAAGGAGGACAAGGCAGACAAGCGUUACGACUUCUUUGCUGUCCAUCUUCUUACCACAUCUCACGCCGUGCGCGUGCUUUUACCUUUGUUACCAAGCAGAUGGCACGUUCCUCUUGUGCGUCAGUGGUGGCUGUUUGUCCUUCUGGUCUUCAUCGCACAGCUCAGGCCAAAGAUCAACAUUGACACUAUUAAGCUCGUUGAGCUCGAAGGCAGAGACUGGAAGUAUGUGACGGAGAAGGCGUUGAACGGCAAGUACAGGACCGAUGCGCACUUUGUGAAAGCGUUGAGAAGUAUUCAUGAGGCGAGCAAGACCUGGGGCGACCCCAAUCAGUUUUAUCUGAAGGCGGCGGUGAAGUUCGCGGACGAGUUCGACGGCUGGGGAGGCUUUGGUCCGAGAGACGCUGCGCUUGAAACCGAGGAGACUGAUGGCAGAAGAGAAAGACGGUACAGCGGUCAAGGCGAAGGGCCGGACUUUGUUUGAUUGGAAAGUCUGUCCGACUGACGACGCACGCGUCAUUUCCUGACUCCAGGCUUCACCAAGCCGUGCCUUCCUCACUCGGUCGUUAUGGCAACGCCUGGAGGGUGUGACUCAACGCUCUUGACACCUCGAAGUGGCGACGCGGCAAGGAUAUUCAUCGAGCAAGCCUUCCAACGAUAGUGAAUACAUACGCGCAUUGUCCGCUUGUGUUCAUUCGCCGGCUGACACCUCUUUUAAACACGUCACCACAAGCGCCUCACACACGAUGAAGCGUAACCUCGUGAGAACCUUCUCUGUUUCGACAAUACAACAAUAUGCUUAAUUAGCGUCAAAAGAACGGUGCGUUGGUCGUGAACAACCGUGCCAACUCAAAUGCCAAG